AUGGCAACACCAUCACACCAGCCACCGGUCACGCAGUUCCGGCCGCUGCAUACUUUGAAUGAGGUCGAUGCAAGCAUAGAAUCAGGUUCUUUGACAUGGACCAGCCAGCUUGCAACGCGAUUCGACGAGGAGGCGUUGAUUACGGCCUUUGUCAAGGUCGUGGCUCAUAUUAUCAUUGUGGAUGUGGGCGAAGCUUUUUGUAUCCAAGACACCGCUCGUGGGGGCUUCAUCCUGGCACACGCAGGGGACAAUGGCCCGGAUACCACGUUUUCUUUCGUGGUUUAUGAUGGUGACAUACCGACUGACUUUUCGAUCGGGCCAGGAAAGGCUGUUCAGCUUCAUGUAGUUGGCGACCAAGUACGGCUGAUAUCGCACCGGGGCGUCAUCACAGAAGCAGGCCUCAAUGCUUUGGGUCAGAUGCUAGACGACGUCUUAAGCAGAGCGGAGAGCUCCGACCACGCGACUGGUGCCCCGGAAUGGACACAACCCUCCAUGCUCAACUUUCCACCAAAGCAAGCCCCCGAGCCACUCCUGCCUGGCGAGAGCCAGGCUGCAGGACCGGCGCUCCUACAUGGGUGGUUUGAACAGAGAGCUCGCGAGUGCCCUCAAAGGGUAGCCAUGGACUACCUCGUGGAUCUGGAGAUAGGGGAAAGGCGGCAAUACACUUAUCAACAAUUAUCGAACGCGUCAACAGCUUUGGCCGUCAAGCUUCUGGAAUACAAAGCCAACUCCACGGCAGUCACCCAGACUGUAGCUGUGUCACUUGGCCCCUGCCCUGAACUGUACAUCAGUUACGUGGCCGUUCUUAAAGCAGGUCUCGCCUUUUGCCCACUGCCUGUAGACGCCCCUGCAGAGAGAAUCGAGGCUUUGCUGGCGGAUCUAAGCCCCGUAGCAGUGUUGACAGCUGGAGGUGAAGCGAUCGGGGACAGCACAACCACGCUCGAGACCACCCAGUAUCUCUCCUUGUGCGAUACUCAGCACACUAUGCCCGACACCCAUAUAGCUGAAACCGAUCCAGCAUACAUUCUGUACACAUCUGGAACCACGGGUAUGCCAAAGGGCGUGACGGUCGACCACCUCUCGGCGGCCUGCACGAUCAGUGCCCUCAGCAAUCAUUUUGGAUAUUGUUGGACAGGCACCUCCCCAACCGCUAGGCAAGUCCGAUGGUUCCAAGGCGCCACACCAACGUUCGACAUUUCACUUUUCGAAAUCUUCUGGACGUUGAGCACCGGGUCAACGCUGUGCUGCGCGCCUAGACACAUCACCAUGCAAAACAUCGACAAGGUCCUGACCAUUUUGGAGGCGGACAUUACCAACGUUACGCCUAGUUUUGCCAGCCUCAUUGAUCCCUCUCUGCUGCGCGGCGUCAUGGUGGGUGGUGAGACACUGAACACACGACUUUUGCAGGACUUUGCGCCGUCCAACCCCCAGUCUCAAGAUACAUCUACUCAACACGACUCACAAGACCACCAUGUGCCGCGAGGCAUCUACAAUGGAUAUGGUCCCACAGAGGUGGCAAUAUAUUCCAUCGCUCAAGCACAUGUCCCAGCCAACCAGCGUGGAUCUGUCAUAGGUACGCCAUUGGCGACCUGCGGCGCUCUUAUCGUGGAUCACCACGACGCGAGCCUCGGUCCCGUCCCCAUGGGUGCGGUCGGUGAGCUGGUCCUCACAGGUCCCCAGGUCAGCAGAGCGGGCUAUCUCAGUCGUCCAGAUGAUACGGCCAAGGCUUUCGUGGACGAUCCCAAAUGGGGAAGAGCAUAUAAGACCGGCGACAGAGCCAGAGUCGUCUGGGGCCCAACAGGCGAGCGCAUGAUCGAGUUCCUGGGGAGGAUAUCAGACGACCAAGUCAAAUUGAGCGGCAGACGAGUCGAACUUGGCGAGAUUGAGAGCGUUCUGGCAACCAAAGUACAGGGUGUGCACCAGACACUGGCGUGUGUUUGGAAGCCACAAGAUGGCGCCCCUGGGUCGGAGAGGGUUGUAAGCUUGGUCGUGCUCGACCCCAAGACCACGCUGGCUUUCGAGGAGGUGCAGGCCUUGUGUGUCGAGACUGUACAAAAGCACCUCCCAGACUAUAUGCGACCUUUUCGGAUAUUGCAGGUCGAUGCACUCCCUCGAUCAGCCUCUGGCAAAGUUAAUCGGAAGAUGGCGUCAGCAUUCGUGCACAGUGAACUGCAUCAUGAAAGGGGGGAUAAUGCUCACGCAGCAGCCUUGGAGCCCUUGGAAGAUCCGGGGCAUGCAAUGAUCGAGACACAGCUUUUGAGCUUGUUGUCUGCCAUUGUGAAUGAUGGGUCUUCUACGCAAGUGGUGUUGGCAGCCGAUACUCCCUUGAUACAGGCUGGCAUCGACAGUCUUCGAGCGAUGAGGCUUCUGAGGGAUAUCAGGAGGCAGUGGCCUGAUGAACCACAUCUGCAGCCAACACUCGCUUGUCUCCUUGAGCCUUCAGCCACCAUACGGUCCACCUUCUUCGUAUCUCAGGGCGAUGGAGCAAACGCCCCUCGCCUUGAUAAGAGAGACCAAGCGAAGACACAAAUUGCUGACUUUGCAUCCCGCCACACAUCCGAAGCCCUCGCCAAUCUAGGCAUUGACAGCGAAGCAGACAUUGUGGCGGUGGUGCCUGCAACGAGUACACAAAGCCAGCUCGCUGUCAGCUUUGCCAUGGACAAGCGGAACUACGUCAGCCACACUGUGCUCUCACUGAAGCCAGAUGUCUCUCUCUCAACGCUUGAAGAGGCUAUUGAUGCAGUUCUUAUGCGACAUGAUAUCUACUGCACUGUCAUGAUGUCGUGUGACGACCCGCUGUCGCCAUUUUCUCAAGUGGUCUUGACGGAUGCCGCCUGGCGAAGACGACAAGGCGAUGGCAAGAGAGUUGCGUGUAGGAAGGCCAGUGAUACUGAGAAUAUCCAGGAUUGUCUGGAUGCCGCCUACGAUAAUCUCGACUUCGAAUCGCAAAGGCUCUAUUAUGUGCAACUUGUCGAACGUGGACCAGGAUCUGAAUCGCAAGUCGUGAUCAGCGUGGCACAUUGCAUUUGCGACGGCGCUUCCCUGGAGGCACUGGUCGAUGAUAUUGCCAGGCAAUACGCAGGACUCGCGCCUCUGUCACGACUAGGCGUUCAGGACGCGGUGCUGGACUGGGUCAUGGGCGUAAGCGAGACGACGGACAAAGCGUGGCAGCAAUCACUGGAGGGUUGGGAGGCUGAGAGCUUCCAUGCACUGAGCGGUGACAACAUCAAGUCAAUCGCACCAGGAGUUCAGGCAGAUCAUGGGCACGCAAUGGUUCAAAUCUCCAGCGCCUUGUCAUGGCAAGACCUCGAGAGCAAGAGCAGAUCCCUAGGCGCCUCACCGCUCUCCGUGCUCCAGGCAGCAUGGUCGGUGCUUUUGCAGGUCUUCUCCGAAGCAAAUACCGGCGACAUUGUCUUUGGCAGUGUCGUCUCAGGUCACCAUGAGCCUGUCCAAGCGCCAACCUUUUCCGUGGUACCCUGUCGCGUAGACUUACCCGACUCGCAGACCGUUCGUCAACUCAUCAACAGUCUGAACGAGAAGUCGCGGUUCGCCCAGAGCCAUCGCCAUACAUCAUUCGGUAUCUUCGAGACUCUCCCUUAUAACACGGCCUUGGCGCUGCAAGCCUAUAAGCCUCUAGGAAAUGGACUCGCUCAAGCUCAGGAAAGCCAAAACGACAUCCCAUGGGCGAACAUCAGCAAUCCCCCCAUUCGAUACGACUUUGAUGUCUUCGCAGAGGUGCUCCCCACAAGCCCCCUUUGGGCUGGUCAGGAUCCGUCAAAAAUGGCAUUCAAGCUCACAUACCGCGACGAUUCCCUUUCUCGGAGAUCCGCGCAGUGUGUCGUUGAGCAGCUGGCAUCAUUGACCAACAUCCUACUGCAAAGCAAGCCCGACGAUCCCGUUCAAGGUUUGCCCGCACGACUGCCGAGACAACUGUUGUCAGCUGAAGGUACACCGCCAGAGUCACCACAGGAUGAUGAGGCAAAGGCGACAAGGACUCAGCACCGCGUCGAAGUUCUCCAUGCUCAGUUUGAGGACCAGGCUGCAUCUACACCAAAUGUGCUGGCCUUGAGCUUCUACACAUCGCUUGAUGCCCCCCCUUCAGAGUUGACCUAUGCGGAGUUGGAUGCAAGAGCCAAUGGUCUCGCCAAUGUCUUGCGUGAGGAAGAUGUUGAUGUUAUCCCCAUUUGCAUGCAGCGGAGUGUCGAGCUCUACGUGUCCAUCUUGGCCAUCCUCAAAGCUGGCUCAGCUUGGUCGCCGAUCGAUGAGACCUCGCCCGUUCAAAGGCGCACCUCGUUGAUUGCACGAACGCAGGGCAAGAUCCUUUUGACAGACACUGCGUCCUACCACCUAGUCGAGCCUUGCCUUGCCCAUGAGAGUCUGGCGGAUGUGCGUGUGAUCCUUGUGGACCAGUACAAAGACCAGAAGACAGCAACGAGGGCUCUUCCACGCCAGUCUAUCCAGUCAAAACACUCACACAUCGAAGGCGAGGAUCUUGCGUACCUUCUAUGGACGUCUGGCACCACUGGUGAACCCAAGGGCGUCAUGCUCCAGCACUUUGCGGCCGCCAACGCGAUGCGCGACCUUCAGGUUCAGGUUGAGCACGAUAGAAAGCACGGACAGGUGAGAACUUUACAGUUGUCGGCGUACAGCUUCGAUGUCUUUGUGCAAGAUCUUUUCUUCACCUGGGGUCUGGCUGGCAGUGUCGUCAGCGGCUCGAGGGAGUUGGUCCUAGGCACAUUCACAGAGUUCGUGAACAAGUCACAACCAACUCAUGCGCAUCUCACGCCAUCUUUCGGUGCAAGCAUAAAUGUCGAGGAGAUUAGGGGGUCAACUCUGCAGUAUGUCACCUUUAUCGGCGAGAAACUGACCGAGGACGUCGCGGAAGCAUGGGCUGCGCCAGGUAUCACAACCAAAGCCUAUAAUACCUAUGGACCUGCCGAGAACGCGGUGGUCUCCACGAUGAGACAAUUUUUUGGCACAAGCCGCGACAGAGCUAAAGCUGCUAAUGUCGGGUUUCCAUUGACACCAUGUACAGCGUAUGUUGUCCGCGAAGUCGAGUCGCCAAAUGCUCGCGACAAGAAGCAAUGGGAGCUUGUGCCGCGUUACGGCGUGGGCGAGUUGGCGCUUGGGGGCGCCCAAAUAGCAAAAGGGUAUCUCAACAAUCCAGCAAAGACCAACAAGGCUUUCAUACAAGGAGGACCCGGCAUUGAUGAGCGCAUCUACUUGACUGGCGAUAUGGUCCGCCUCAACGACCAUGGCUUUGAGUUUCUCGGCCGCAACGACGAUCUUGUCAAGAUCACUGGCAUCCGCAUCGAGCUCAGUGAGAUCAGCGCCGCCUGUGCUAGUGUCAAAGACGUUGAGCCUGCCGUUGAACACGUCGAAACAUUGUAUCUACCGCGUCCAGGAGCUGACGGCGCCGACGCCAACCACAAAGUCGUUGUUACUUUUAUUUCCGUCAAGAAAGAGCAUGUCGACUUGAGAGACCUCAGGAAGCAGGUCUUUCAGAGGGCGCGAGAGAUAUUGCCAACUUACAUGGUGCCGGGGCACAUCGUCGUGCUCGACACGACCAUGCCACGGACAGCGUCCAACAAGGUUGACCGCAAGGCACUGCAGAAUAUCUACAACGACUCGGACCUCAACGAGUUGGCAGCAAUGGAUACGUCUCCGGGAGGCGGCUCUACAGAGACGGCAAAUUGGGCUCCCGAGCAGCUCCCAAUUAUCAAGGCAAUCUCUGAGAACAUUGGUAUACAGGUCGAGCCUCUCUCACCCGAUGUCAGCUUGGCGGGCUUAGGCGUCAGCUCUUUGCAAGUGACCAAGCUGGCUUGGGCUUUGAGGCGACAACUGGAGUGCAAUGUGGGUGUUCUCGGCUUGAUGCGAUGCCAGACUCUAGGUGAUCUGGUCAAUGUCAUUUGCACCUGCAUGGAGAAAGAUCCUGGCACAAACACAGCACCAGAGUCCAAGCCGGGAGUCUCUUGGAUCACUGAUGUCAAAGAGAAAUCCACCAGAUGUCUUCACGGAGAGAUGCGCCCGGCCAAAACUUCCUAUAUCAUACCUGCCACGCCAGCACAGGAAGCCCUCAUUGUCGAAACCAUGGUGGAGCCUAGAGCGUACUGGUCUCAUCGCCUAUUUGACCUCAGCCACCUGGACGACGUUGACAUUGAUCGUCUGCACGCAGCCUGGACGGAUGCAGCAAAGCAAUUUGACAUCCUUCGGACCGUUUUCGCUCCUCUGUGGAAGCUGGAAGUGAAUGAAGGCAGUGCCCAUCGCGUCAACAGUGGUCCUUGGGCACGUCGCCAUGGCGUCCAAUCCAGUAUACUCCAGCUUGUACAAUCUGAGCCCAUUAUACGGUGGACGGUCUUCAAUCAUUCUGACGAUGAACAGGUCGCAGCGCAUGCUGAGACGCUACAGACCGACUUGACCCCGUGCGGUAGCAAUGCGAGCAAUCCCCCAUGGGCAAUUACCUUUUCAAAGGCGAACAGCAGGUUGAUGUUGAGCAUGCACCAUGCGCUACACGAUGGCGCAUCUUCAGAUAUGGUCCUUGGGAAGGUUGCAGAGCUGUAUCAGAACCCUGGAAAGGCCUUGGGGGGAAACAAUCCGUUGCUGCAGCUUGAUAAAGGCCUGGAACUCGGUCUGCUGCCCCAGAUUUCUGAACGGGAUGAGGCGGUCUCUGUCUGGACCCGAAGGUUGAGUGAAGUGAUCAAUACUCACGGCGCCGUGAAUGGCUCGUUUCCUGAUCUAACGCGAUCUCGGCGGAAGCAAAAAAGAGGGAUUCUAUCCAGCCGUGUCACCAUUCCCAUGGAGCUUGUCCACGAGCGACCACAGGGAAUGCCUGAUCUUCCGAGACUGUUACAGUCUGCGCUUGGAGUGGUGCUCGCUUCAUACAUGGAGUUGAAAGCCAUUGUUCUCGGUCAAAACCUGACGCAGCGGAUCUUGCACCCAGACCUGGCCCACGUGGUAGGCCCUGCCAUGGCAACCCUGCCUAUCAUCGUCCGCGCAGAUAGCGUAUCUUCUACUGAGCUGUGGGCUGAGAUGGCCCAAGACUCUUCUAAUUUGAGUCAGAGUGCCCAUCGACUGCACCCCGUUGACAUCAAGAAGAUGAUCAAUGAAGGUAACGGGGACAGUAAAGCUCCCUUUCCGGCGCUGUUUGUCUAUCAUCCGGCAGAUACACAGGGCCAAGAUGGCUCGCACAUGUUCCGUGAAACAGGCCAAGCUCUGUCACUCAACGUGGAACACCCACUGGCUUUGAACGUAUACGAGGUUGACAAUACCGUUCAUUUGACAGGAGAUAGCCGGCGUAUCUCCCAAGCUCAAUUGGACCUCAUGCUUCGUCAGAUCCUGGACCAGGCGCGGGCCAUGAUGCAACAUCCCCAACUACCUCUCCAUCGACUACCAAACACCAUGGGACGCGAUUUUAUCUCAAUAGCCGGAGAACCUGCCACGUUUGCAGAUGUUCGGAAUCCCGCGGACAGAGUUGCCACUCACGCAGCUGAGCACCCUGUUUGGAUUGCUACUGAGGAAGUCUUCUUCGAGGAAGAUGAAGAAGGCGAGGACCGGCUCGUGACUAAGGCUCUCACGUAUGCACAGCUCGACGAACUCGUAAACGCGAUCAUGUCAAGAUUACGCUCGCAUGAAGCCAAGCUCCAGCCCGACGACGUUGUCGCACUAUACCUGGACAGAGACACCAAGUCACUAGCUGCGAUCUUGGCUAUCUUCAGGGCUGAAUUCGUCUAUCUGCCUGUUGACGAUAGUCUGCCAGCUACGAGAAAGCAGUUGCUUGUCCGGGACGCAGGCGCAAAGCUCGUUAUCAGCACUGAGAAACUGAUUGGCGAGCUGAACCUUGAUCAAGCCAACGAUCCACCUUCACUCUUACUUCCUGCUGGUGACAACGAGCUGGAGGCAAUUCGAGCUUGGUCAGAAUUGGAUGCACCAAGCCAUGUCGGGCUAGGCACGGGUGGCUACCUUCUCUACACGUCUGGAUCGACCGGUCGCCCAAAGGGAGUCCGCGUAUCCAACCAUAACCUACUUCACUUCAUCUCAGCGUUCAGCGCGCGCCUUAUUGAGGCAUCCCCUGACACCGCUACCCUUGGAGGGACUGGCAAGUAUCUCAACGUCGCCUCUCGCGCCUUUGACCCUCACCUCACGUCCAUGUUUGUGCCCUGGCACCUUGGCUUCCGCGCUGUCAUUGGCAAGGACCGCAACGCAAUCUUCGCCAACCUGAAGCAGAUCAUCAACGAGUUGGUCAUCACUCACAUGGGAUCUGUGCCGUCUGUACUGAUCCAGCUUGGCAUUCGCCUGGAGGAUGUACCCUCCAUCCGCGUCCUGACGACGGGCGGCGAGAAGGCGUCGAAUGAGCUCUUCGACAUCGUCACUAGUGGAAACCCGCCAGGAAAACUCAUGAACUUUUAUGGGCCGACGGAAGUCACUAUUGGCUGUUUGGGCCAUGCAGUCAGCGAGACUUCCAACGCUCGCAACCUUGGGCUACCAUUGCAAGGCCUGCAAGCCAUCCUCCUGGUGCCUGACACAGGGGACGAGCAAGUCAUCGCGCGCAGGGGCCAGCCUGGCGAGCUCUGUAUCGCUGGUCCUCAAGUCUCCCUGGGGUAUCUGGAUAGGCCGGAAGAGAACUCCAAAGCCUUCCAGACCACUGUGCUGCUUGGCCCCGAUCAUAAAGUGAUCUACAGAACCGGUGACAUUAUGAGGAUGAUGGAGGAUGGUUCAGUGGAGUUCCUCGGCCGAAAAGACCAGCAAACAAAGAUCCGCGGCCAGAGAUUCGAGAUUGGGGAAGUCGAGGCCUUUAUCAAGAAAGUGGUCGCUGACGAAGGACCUUUGGACGUUGCCGCCACCGUCGUCGACCAGAAGUUGUUGGGCUUCCUGGCACGCAGUAACAAGGCCCUCCUCAAGUCAGAAAUCGAGGCUGACCCUGUGCCGUUACUGCACCAAAGCCAAUCUCUGCAAUCCAUUCUCCGAAACGUCGAGGAGAAAUGCGAGCAAGGUCUGCCGGCUUUCAUGGUGCCUGAGAUGAUGUGGGUGUCGAGGAUUCCGUAUCUGCCAGCGUCUGGCAAAGUCGACACCAAGUCUCUUAUCAAGCUUGCCAAUGACUUUACCGUUCUAACAAAGGAGGAAAGAAACCCCACGGCUACCAAAAUCUCGACGCCAUCUUUGGAUGGCCGUGAGAUAGAAGUAGUGGCGGCACUGGAGGAGGUCAUUGGCAAGAAGCUGACAGCGACAUCGACAAGCACCAUUCACAGUCUGGGCAUCGAUAGUCUUUCCGCCAUGCAUCUGCUCUCAGUGCUGGGGAAGAAAGGGCUGGCGACGAUUACCAUGGCAGAUUUACUCACACCUUCGUGCACAGUCGGUUACAUUGCCAGGUCAAUCGAGUCUAGUACGACGACACACACGCCGCCCACGCGUGUCGAGGAGAUCCCCAGGGAAGUCAUCAGCCUCGAGGACCUGGGUCCCUGCGCUCGCCACCUGGGAAGCAAUGACAUUGAAGCCAUCUUGCCUUCCUUACCUCUUCAAUCGUCCCUUGCUUCUCUAUCCCUCUUGUGGCUCAGCUCAGCCGAAGACACGUCAGAUGCGGCUGUCCCCUACGUUACCCAGUUCAAUUACCGUCUCGCCGCUGGUACGGACCUUGCCAGGUGGAGGAGGGUAGCUGAGGCCGUCAUCUCCGCCGAAGCCAUGCUCAGAACUUGUUUUGUUCAAAGGGACACGGAUGGUCGCGUAUUUCAAGUCGUCCUCAAAUCUCCGCCUUCGCCAUUUGAUGGAAAACAGGAUGCCAUCGACCUUACAGCUCACAUGACUUCACGACCACCUCUCAGGGUCCAGAUUCAGGAGUGCAAAGACUCCAAAGAUAGUUUGGUCACACUGAAGAUCCAUCAUGCACUGUUCGAUGGCGCAGCCAUCAAUGUCCUCAGGGGCAAGCUUGAGCGGGCCUACAUUCAUGGAGCCCAAGUUGUUGUUGACAACGAUGCGAGCUUGAGCAAAUUGAAGCGUCUCUCGUCCCACUGCAACCUUACACACGCACAGCUGGAGUCGACCAAGCGCGCAUGGCAGCAAAAUGUGCGGGACAUCAGGCCAUGUCUUCUACGCGCACACAAAGGCAAUUCCGUACCAAAUCCAAUGGCGCGCAUCAGCAGGCGCUUUGCCUACACACAGACAGAGCUCAGGUCGAAACUGCACCUCGCCUCUUCAGGCGAAUCCAUCUCUGCUUCAACUGCCUUCCAACUCGCCACGACACUUUGUCUUGCGCAUUUGACCAAGUCAACAUCUCUCGCCUACGGAUUCGCCAUGUCGCUUCGACCGUUGCUCAGUCAUGUGGUUGAAGGCGUGCAUGAGUUCGUCGGGCCCUGCCUCAACACGCUGGUUCACGCUUUGAAGCUUGAGAGUGGAGGUGAAACACUGCCAAAGUUGGCUGCGAGAAUACGCCAGAAUCACGGAGAUACAUGCCAGGGCUGCAUGCCGCUCGUCACCGCAGACAAGAUCCAGCGCUGGGCAGGUCUUGACGAGAAGUUGUUUGACAGCCUGCUAACAAUCAACGUGAUGGGAGACGACGACUCGAUGCAGGGCGAGGUCGCACCAGGUCGGGUGGUCCCUCUGCCCGGUGCGUCCAAGUCCGAUAUGUCAUUGUCGAUCGAUGUCGAUCUCCAUCCAGACGGCAGCAUAGGUCUACUGCUGUCGUCCGCCGGCGUGUUGACCGAGUCGCAGCUCGGAGAACUUGCGGCAUUGUUCGAGAAGGUUGUCAUUUCGUCCGCUGACCAAGACGCUACUGUACAGCAAUUUGCGGAUGUAAAUUACAGAAAGGAAGCUCCUGCCGCGAUUAAUCAUGAGCCUCGUGAGCUCCAUCUGCCCAAGGAGGCUCACAACGGGAGGCAGGAGUUUGAAGCUUGCUUGGCGAUUGUUCAGACAUCCGCCUGCCGUCUGUUGGACUUGGAUGAGGCAGAGAUCAAGGCCAAAGACCCGGCGAUAACGUCUUUGUAUCAGUUGGGGCUUGACUCGAUCAAUGUCUUGCCUUUUGUCAGGAUCAUACACAAAGCCGAGGGUAUCAAGCUUCCGCCGAAUUCUGUCAUCAAGGCCAAGACGAUCCAAGGCGUCGCAGCACUCCUCCACGAUGUGAAGGGCGAGGGUCUCACGUCUGAGCGCGCACAGACAGCCAGCAAGAAGGUUUUGCAACGUCCAGAGGCCUCGAGUGACGAAGACACCUACACCCGGACUCUUGAACAGCUCGCUGGCGAACUGCUGUUUGUUGCGACGCCACUUCAAGAAGGCAUGCUAAGUGCGUCCAUGGCCAUUGACGGUCAGGCCUAUACGUACACGCACACCAUGCAACUGUCACAAAGAGCAUUGGAUCAAGACGCCCCCAACUUUGAUCAUCUUUUUGCCGCUAUCAAGGACACUGUACAAGCUUGCGAAAUCCUGCGAACACGGUUCAUCUUCACGCACAACGAUACUGCACCAUGGGUGGGCUUCGUUUCGCCUACUGAACAGAGCGACUUGGUCAACUGGAAGGUGAGCCAAAACGGCGUCUUGCAGCUGCGGAUUCACCACGCUUUGUACGAUGCCACUUCAAUCUCCACCGUGUGGCGCCUUGUCAAUGGAAACUACACCAAGCGACUGUUCGGCAAUGACGAUGGGGACGUGGAGGUCGUCAAGCACGAUUUCCGUCACUUGGCCAAGCAGUCGGCAGUGUCACAAAAGGCCUCGGUUGCAUUUUGGACAGACUUGGUGCGCAACUAUACGUAUGCGCCUGUCGAGUUUCCCCUGCUGGCACUCCAAGCCUCCUCCGCCUUUCAUUUCACGCUGAGUGUCAAUGACCUGUCGCUUUUGCAGGCAAAAUGCAGAGCUGCUCACGUCACUCUCAAGUCUGCACUGCAGCUCGCUUGGGUCAAGGUCCUUUGCGAGUCUCUCUACCAGCAGCCGGACGUCGUCUUUGGUGAAGUCAUCUCGGCUGGAAGCGGCGGCAACACUAUUCCUGUCGUCGGGCCCACAAUCAACACAGUUCCAAUGCGUGUCACGCUGGCCACUCGGUCGGGCGCGAGUACAGUUGCUGAGGCCUUGUCGCAGUUGCAAACUCUGUCCGAUGAUGCCAGGGGUACGAUAGGCAUGGCCUCUUUGAGGGCGGUGCAGGCAGCUUGGAGAUCGGCACAAGAUGACGAGAACAUGGCUGCGACAAGCCUCUUCCAGAGUCUUUUCGUCUUUGACGGCGUUCUGGAAAGUGAGCCGAGAAACGAAACCCAAGCCUUGAUUCUCCCCACAGAUGGGCAAAAUGUCGGAAAGAAGCACACCAAAUCAGAAGAAGGGCCCGCGUUCGAUGACUACCCCCUGAUUGCCAGCUUUCGCGUCAAGGGAGGCGUCUUGCACGGCAAACUCAGGGCCAAGCUUCCGCACUCGGAUGCUAUGGACUUGGGCGUCCAGUUAGAGAGGGCCUUGCAAGGCAUUCUGUCGGAAGAUCUUCAUAGCCCAGCAGUGCGUCCGGACUGCGCCAGUAAGGACCAAACAGCGAGGAGCAAACAACAGCACCAAGGCGCAAAAACAAACGGCCAUACCUCCACCAACGAGCUCGAUGGCUUGACAGGCAGGGCCGAUGCUAUCUUGAGUCUAGUGAGGACGGUUGUGGGCGACAAAGCCAACCAAAGGUCAAUCAGCUACAACACGAAGUUGGUCAACGCAGGGAUUGAUUCGAUCACCGCUAUUCGCUUUUCUCAGAUCCUCAAAAAGCAAUUUGGUAUUCGAGCGAGCGUCUUUGAGAUCAUACAAGGCACCAGUGUCCACGAUCUGGUCAAAAAGUCGGCCCCAACCAAGACAAACGUUCAGCAGCAUCAUGAUGAAGCGUCGGCAGUGGAUCGUUCCCUCAUUGACCUUGCUGCUUCCAAGCUUGGUUGUUCUCAGAAUCGAAUUGCAUCCAUCUCGCCUGUUCUUUCUGGCCAACGUGGUACACUCAGUCAGUGGCUGCGGGACGGCAAGAGGUUUUUCGAGGCACCUUGGUCCUACCUGGUCACGGACAUGACACUUGAUGCAAAAAGAGUGGCUAGCUGCUGGUCUGAGCUGAUCCAAACGCACGACAUACUGAGAACUACCUUUGUCUGUGCACAUGAUGGCCAGAGUUUACUUCAGGUCACUCUCGACAGUAGUGCCAGUAUGGGAGAGCAAUUUUCGCAUGUUUGCGACUCCAAUUUGCGUAUCCAGGCUCUCAUUGAGGCGCAUGUCCGUGAUGGUAACGGUCGACCUUCCGACUUGAUGAGCCCGCCAGCUCGCCUGUCCUUCUUGGAGGCUUCAGAUGGGAAGGCAAUCGUCCUUCGAGUUCACCAUGCGCUGUACGAUGGCUGGAGCAUCAAGAUCAUCCAAAGUGACCUCGCGAAACUUUUGGGUUCCGAGUCACUGCCUGCUCGGACAUCAGUUGCAUCAGCCGUCCGACAAAUUCAAAACAUCCAACAGCCAGAGGCUCAAGGGAUGUAUUGGCGGCAACACCUCGCGAAUGCGCAAGACACUACGGUGCCAGCAGCCACGUCUGGCGACUCACCCUUUAGCCAACACCGUGAGUUGACAUUGAGCGAUAUCCUCCCGCCCAAGAUCGCCAGCAGCUUAGCUGGUGCGACGAGUCGCAUGGCGCAAACUUCAGCUGCCAUUAUCAUUUCCUACGCCCGCGCCUUGGGCCAAUUGACAGAUCGCUCCCAUCCGACAUUUGGAAUAAACCAUGCGUCACGGUCCCUGUCUUCUGUCGAUGGGGAGCAGACGCUUGACCUGACCGACAUGAGCAUCCCCACGAUGACAGUGACACCAAUGACGCUGGAUCUAGAGUCGAGAUCCAACAAGAUGCUUUUCGACCAAGUGCAGACCCAUCUUGCUCAGUUAUCCCGGUUUUCGCAGAUAGAUGAUCUGCACAAGAUAUCGCCCAGGUUCAACACCUUCAUCAAUAUCCUCUAUCCUGAAGAGAACCCCGAGGGGGGCGAGCAGCCGCCCGUAUCUCCCCUACAGCGGUACAAGCUUGGCGAACCUCUGACCUCUGAGUACUUCACGAAAAGCAAGCCAUCAUCAAUUCGCUCAACUAUCGAUGAGCUGGACACAUCGCACCUCCCCGACUCGGAGCUGUACUUUAACGUGCUGGUGCAACCAUCGGGCAAUAUCAGCAUCAAAGUGAGCGGCAACGAGGAGCUCCAUGGCGAACCGAUGACCAGUCUUACGGAAUGUUUCUGUGCGCAGCUGAGCAAAAUGCUUUUGGGGUAA